AUGAUCGCUCAGAAACCACCCCUCAAGGUGAUCGUGGUCGGUGCCGGCUUCGCGGGGCUGGCUACAGGCAUCGAGUGCGCCCAGCGCGGAAUGGACGUCACCAUCCUGGAGAAGUACACCGACUCGAACAGUCAAGGAGAUAUCCUCGACUUCUUCCCCAACGGCGGCCGGGUCAUCAAGCGCUGGGCCAACGGCGCCGUGGGCGCAAAGAUCCACGAGACGGGGUGCAACAAGAUCCGCGCCAUGGAGCUGUACAAGUACGACGGGAAAUACAUCGUCGACGUGCCCUGGGCGCGGACCGAGGAGGAGUUCGACGUCACCUACGCCGGCCACAGGGGGAAACUCCACAGCAUCAUCGCCGAGUACGCGCGGAGCCAGGUCAAGGACGUCCGAGUCGGCGUCGGCGUGGUCGAGUACCUGGAGGAAACGGACCGAGCCGGCGUGCGCCUGAGCACCGGUGAAACGCUCUGGGGCGACUGUGUCAUCGCCGCGGACGGGCCACGGUCCAUCGCGCGCAAACAGGUGCUGGGCAUCACGGACGUCAAGGACGGGACCUCGUGGGCCGUGUUUCGGAGCUUCUUCAAGACGGACGAGGCGGCGCGGAAGCACCCGGACCUCCAGAACUUCUUCUACGAGGACAAGGACACGGUGCGGUUCUGGAUGUGGGAGCAUCUCAGCCUGAUGGCAUUUCAAUGGAACGGAGGCAAAGAUGUCGCAUGGGUUCUCAUUCAUCCGGAACAAGACAACUCGGACGAAUCGUGGUCCAACAUCGCAAAGAAGGAAGAGGUGAUUGAGUGGAUGAAACCCUUCACCGGUAAAGACGCCCGAGCCCUCCUCGACAUCACCCCGCUGCACAAGACGAUCGAUUUCAAACUGGUGUACCGCCCCGCGAUCCCCAAGUGGACCAGCGAGGGUGGGCGGACGAUUCUCAUCGGCGACGCCGCCCACGCCAACCUGCCCACCGCCGGUCAGGGAGCAUCGCAGGCCCUAGAAGACGCCGUCACGGUGGCCCACUGCCUGGCCGAAGCGGACGGCGACGUCCGGCUCGGGCUGGAAGCCGCGCAGAGGAUCCGGUACCAUCGAUCCAACGCCGUGCACAAGAGCGGCCAGAUGAACCGCGACGCGUUCCGGAAUAUUCCAUGGGACGAGAUCGAAGCCAACCCCGAAGCAUGGGCCAAAAAGAGGUUCCCGAAGCUGAAGCCGUGGGAUCCCCAGACGGGGCCGUUGGACGAAGUUGCAGUGCCUUUGCCGGAGGGUGGAAUCUGGUCGAUUGCGACUUAA